AUGCCGCAACGCUCACGAAGUCCGUCCCGCUCGCCGAUAGCGAGGGCCCGCAGGCUCCCUCCGAGCCUCAACUCGUCCAUGUUCGAGUUCGACGAGGACGGCCAGCCCGCAGCUGGCUCCAGCAGGGCUGGCCUUCCUCGCACCCCGACGACUGCCACCUUCCCCGCCCCUGGCUCAGCAGCGGACGGCAGCUGGUUGUCCACACCAGUGUCACGACCCGUCCUUAGACGGCACAUAUCAGCCGGUGCACCACCACCGUCACCCGGCGCUGGCUUAGGCCAGAGCUUACCCGGCUCCAUCUACGUCCCCUCAUCGCGCAGCCGAGUCCAGCCCCAAAACGACUACCUCGCCAACUGGGAGACUUUGGCUGACCUCAUGAUCCCAUCGCCCCAAGACGGGCCGUCAAACGCACGGAAGCGAGACGGCUCGUCACCGGCCGCGGCCUUGCGAACAUCAGCAACAGCUUCGCGAUCGACGCUCAGACAGAGCCCCAUCCUGUCCUCGGCAGAUCUGGCAGACGCCGCAAUGUCAGAACCCUCCAUGUCGGGCAUCUUAUCGACCUCGCCCCCGACUAUGGACAGUGUCAUGGAAAGCUUUGCGACCGCCAUGGGAGACACGCAGGAGCCCCAGGCACCGUCAGCAGGUCGCUCGCCGAUCUCGAUCCGCUAUGGGGCGACUGAGCAGCAGCACAUUCGGCUGCCUUCUGGCCCUCCGCAGUUGCCACCGACUACGCCAACGAAACGUGUGUAUCACCUAUCUUAUUGUUGCACUAACGUGGCAGAGGGACCACCGCAAUGGAAGGAGCGAUGGAAGCAGCCACCAUGGCUGACAGACGUUCUCAAGUGUGGCUUGGCAUACUUCAUCGCGUCCCUGUUCACUUUCGUCCCAGCGCUGUCAAACUUGCUUAGCAUGCGAACAGAAACAGACGUGCACGGCAGACCUCAUCCUCGCCCGGCAUACUCGGCGCACAUGGUGGCCACCAUUGUCGUAUACUUCAACCCAGCCCGAACUCUCGGCAACAUGAUCCUUUCUACGCGGUAUUGCGCCAUUUUGGCCAGUUUAUCUGCAGUCGUGUCGCUCAUAUCCUUCGGGAUCGUAGCGCUUUUCGACUACUAUUCGCCAUCUCACGGCAGCCGAUGGGACUGGGUUAGUGAGCUCGGCGAUUGGCUUGUCUGCAUUCUCUGCGUCGGCGGUGCGAUGGGAGGACUUGCUUGGGCCAAGCUCUGGGUCGGUAACCCAGCCUUCAACACAGUGUUCACUGUCAUCGUGAAGGAAGGUGGCUGGAUCAAGCUGAAGGAGGUGCUCCUGAUCGUGUUCAUCGGAGCCUGCAUCACAAACGUGGUUUGCUUCCUGAUCUACCCAAGGUCAGCGACGACACGUUUGCAGAACUCCAUGUCCAAGUCUUUGAACUCGUUCUCAACCCUCCUGGACCUCCUCGGGUCGACCUUCCUCCUGGAGAAGACGGUCAUCAAGGAGAAUCGCAUGCCUCUUGCGGACGCCGUCAAGUCGCACGGUGCUGCAUUCAAGUCUCUAAAGGCAAACCUUGCCGACGCCAAGCACGAGCGCCUCAUCGACCCGCGCAUGCGUGGUAUCAAGAUUGACCUGUACGAAGCUGCCAUUGGUAGUAUGGCUCGUUUGGCGCAGCAUCUCGCCGCCAUGCGAAGCAGUACUCGAGUUCAGGAGGCGCUUCUCAGAGCACACAUCGAUGGACGUAUAUCGAUCGACCAGUCCGAGAAGCGUCAGAAGGUAUCGCCAUCAGUCGUCGGCGACCUCAACAACUUGCCGGCAGUCACGGUCGAACGCGAGGCAGAUGUAACGCAGAGCGUUGACCUGUUCCUCCAGCUGCAGCGCAUCACUGGAGAUGAUCUCGACACGCUGGUCGCUGUCAUCACGGAGAACCCCGAUGCAGCAAAGUCGACCAACAUUCCAGAGCUGAGAGCCAAUGUGGCGACCGCUCUGUCCAACUUCAGUCGAUCUAGCAGUCGUGCAAUCAAGAGCAUCUAUGCGGGUCCUCGCCGCCGCUUAGGCAUCUACGACUCCGAUCACAGCGAUACCGACACGGACGGCGGAAGCGGGGGGCGAGCUCCAGAUGCAGAACACGACGCUAAUGAUGGCCCGAACGAAGUUGUCUUCUUGGUCUACUUACAGAUCCUGGAGGCUCCGCGUCUCACAGCCAUGGAGCAAGUACGGUCCUACGUCAACCCGUGGCGUCGCAGACACCAGAAGCAGAACUUCAUUUACAAGCAAUUCCAGAAACUGGUGCCUAUCGACCCGAGCAAGCUCCAGCCGGCGCUCUUCCCCCGCAACAAGCGUGACGAGCGUGGUACACUCCUGACGCCGCGCCGGUCCAACCUGAGGGGUCUGUCCAAGCUGUACCAGGGGGUGUGGGAGUUUGGCGCACGUCUCAGCGAGCCUGACAUGCGAUACGCGAUCAAGACUGGCGUGGCCGGAGCCAUGCUCGCUGCGCCUGCGUUCAUCGAGUCCACCCGCGGCACCUUUCUCAAGUUCCGGGGCGAGUGGGCGCUGAUUGCGUUCUUCGCCAGCAUGAGUCUAACCGUUGGCCAGACCAACUUCCUGUCUUUCUUCCGAGUGGUUGGCACGAUAUUCUGUCUCGACCUCUCUUAUCUUUACUCCAAGCUGGUGACGGCCUACAGCCGUGGGACGGAGGAGCUCGAUGAGCCUGACUCGGACGACACGCCCUCGGAGACGUCCCCGAUCCUGCCGACCGUGGCAGAACGCCACCACCUGGGUCGCGGGGUUCGGCAAUUCAUGGCGAUGGAGCUGCACCUGCAAGGUCAUCUCGCAAACCUGCGCGGGCUUCUGCAGCAUGCGGCAAACGAGCCGCGUCUCAAGGGUCCGUUCCCAUUCGACUUCUAUCAUGAGGUUUUGCUCAGCUGUGGGCUUAACGUCGCAAGCCGAGAAGCUGACAGACAGAGCGUGCGACAGGCGUUCAUCAUUCCCUUCUAUACCCUAUCAGCCGGCUUCGAUCUCCGCACCCCGAUGCCGCCGUACCUGCCGCCGGCCGAAGCCUCGCGCGAGCGUCUAGUCGAUGCGAUCCGCUCGCUCGACGUCGUGAAGCGCCGGUCCGUCCGUGGUGGCGGUCGGCACCUGCUCUUUUUCGCUUAUGCGCUCGCGAUGCAGGAGGUCAUCGCCGAGCUCGACUACCUCGGCGGGCUGCUGCAGGACGCGUUCGGUGUCAUUUCUCAGUCGACCGUGCGCGACUUUGAGGACCUCUUUGUCGGCAUGGAGGAGGACGUGCACGUGCACGAUCAGCAUCUCGCGCGCGACAGCGCGAUUCAUUUGUAA